AUGGCCAGACGUCUUUACCUAGGCAGACUCCCCAGUGAUACCCGUUCAGACGAUGUACAAAAAUUCUUCGAAGGUUACGGCCGAAUCGUCGACUGCCGUGUCAUGACAGGCUUCGGGUUUGUCGAAUUCGAGAACUCUAAGGAUGCGGAAGACGCAGUGCACAACUUUAACGGCAAACCUUUCAUGGGAGCCAACAUUGUGGUAGAAUUUGCGAAAGAAAGUCGCCCCCGCCGCGAUCCCUACGACGACAGACAUGGUGCGCCACGUUCUCGCAGACCCCCCGGCAUCCGCCUCAUCGUUUCCGGCGUUUCUCGGGACACAAGCUGGCAGGACCUCAAAGACUUCGGACGCGACGCCGGCAGUGUUUCCUUUGCAGACAUCGACCGCGAUAACGCAGGCCAAGGGAUUCUUGAGUACCUUUCUCGUGAAGAUGCUGACCGUGCUGUGAAAGAAUUGGAUGGACGGGACUUACGUGGACGCCCCGUUCGUGUUGCCAUCGAUGAAACUCGUGGUGGCCCCGAUAACUAUAGGCGUGAUGACCGCAGAGAUGACCGACCACCGCGAGAAGACAGAUAUCGUGACGAUCGCAGGGAGUCUCGCAGAGACCGAUCAAGGUCCCCAGCACGUAGAGCCGACUAUGAUGAUCGUCGCCCACCCAGGUCUCCCCCUCCCAAGAGGGAGUAUGAUGAUAGAAGGCCUGCAGGGGAUGAUCAUGAUCGUCGUAGGGAUGACCGACGCCGCGACGAUAAGGAUGAAUUUUACGAGGAAAGGCCCCCCAGGCAAAACGGCGAAGGUGGAUGGGCCCGAUAG